UAUUCUCUGUAUACAGCUUGUACUACCAGAGGCGACAGCAUCGCUUGUUGAACAGUAAGCCCGUGGACGGACUAGACAUAUUUCAAAACUCCAGGAUCACUUUCAAAUUUCCAAGUUUCGGGAUCGCUUCAUUACAACAAUGGCUGGCUUCCUGUCAAUAUUUAGACGCGCGUUGGAUCAGGACAUGGUGGACAAUGUGAACGGAUUCUGGUCGGUUCUUCUCUUCGCCCUGUGUUCGGUAGGAGCAUUUCUAGUGCGAUACGUUGCCGAUCCUAUACGCUGCUGGCAUCCUGUGCAUUGGACCCCUUCACACAGUUCAUACGCCGACCAGGAGUGCUUUCUCAAAGACCGUUAUUACGGAGCAAUCCCAUCUCUUGCUAGCCCACAGGGGCGGGAACCUGUACCCUCCUACCACCUCUGGAUACCACUCAUACUCGUCUUCCAAGCCCUUGCUUUUAAAGUACCGAACACACUCUGGAAUGGCGUCAAACACUUACUCAGUCUCAACUUAGACGAAACUGUAUCGUCCCUGAACAAUGUACAACUCACCAAUGCUGAAAAUCGCCAGGCCAUCUUCAGUGAUGCAGCCCGGGUAUUUGGAAGUCUGCUGAGAAGAAACCGACUUUUACUGGCUCUUCUGUACCUGUUUGUGAAGCUCCUCGCGUGUGUCAAUCUGAUAGCACAGUUGAUGUUCCUGACAAUAUACUUCAGACAAUACCUGGCAAUCCGUGUUGGUUCCUCUGCAGGUUUUAAUAUGGACUCCAUCAUAAAACCAUUGCUGAUUAAAGAUGUUUUGUGCGACUUUAGUGUGCGUAUAAUGGCAAACCUCCUAAGAUUCACAGUUCAGUGCACUCUGCCAAUCACCGAAAUCUAUGAGAAGAUGUUCACAUUCCUGUGGUACUGGGUCUUCCUCCUGGCUGUCAUCACCGUCCUUAACCUUGUCCUGUGGGCAGGCUAUCUAUUCCUACCGUUCCUAAGAGAUGGCAGAAUAGCUGCCCACGUUAAAGCUGCCAAAGGAUCUCGCCCAGAUGAACACUCUAUAACUCGAUUCAUAAGCAGUUUCCUGGGAAUUGAUGGUGUGCUUAUCUUGUCCAUGAUCUCCCAGAAUUCCAACGAGUUGGUUGCAGCAAAUCUCACCCAACAUUUAUACAAGGUGUUUCAGGAGAAGGAGGAAGAAUUUCAUGCUCAGAGAGAUCCCCUCACAGUAGAACCAGAAGGUGGCGCUGUCGUACCUGGAGCUACAGGAGCCGAAAUAACUUUACCGAUGAGUGAUCUAUCUCCUGGUGCCGAAAAUCCCGAAAAACCGCCCAUUGUGUGACAGCAUAACUGGCGGGCAAUCCCGAGCAUGUAUACUACUCAGGCUUUGCAAAGGGUUACACAAAUCACAACUUCACUUGAACGUAGAUUUAUAAUUUGAAAUUGUAUCCAUUUAAAAUUGGAUAAAUAAUAAUAUGGUAACCCUUUAUAGGCAAACACCCACUUUAAUCUAACCUUAUGCACUUGAUACAUGAGUAACUAUAAAAAAGGUUUUCAUGGCGCCAAUCAACCAUUUUGCAAAUCAUGGAACGAGUCGUCGAAUAAACAACACAUGUCAAAUAGCAGGUAUGGGAUCCACAAGAUGCAAUGACAUACUGAAACU